ACACGGUGGUGGUCAUUGAACGGCUCAUUGGUCAGGGUGCACUGGGAACGAACACUUUGUUCUCGAGCUCCUUUCGGUUCGGGCUUCGCAAUUAGACGUUCGAAUGUGACGUGUAGUCAUGUUUGGGGUCUCAAACUGGUCGUGUCGCGGCAGACUGGGCGAGUUUGUUGUUGUUUAUUUUUGCGACAUGGCAACUGAAAGGACGUUUCGUAAGCUAGCUCUGCGGUGACGCGUUUACGUGCGCUCGUCUUGCGCAGCAAGACGUCUGCUGCUGUUGUUUUCAUUGAGGAUAGCUGCAUUCAAGCUAUCCUCAGCUGUGUGUUUAUCCAGGGUGGGUGCCAUCGCAUUAGUGACGCCAUCACUCUGAGAUCAGCUGUUUUAUUUAAAUUGAAUCACCCGACCAAGCAAACAUCUUUGUCCUACUAAGACACUGAUGGUUAUUGAUUGAUGCCUUUCUAAAAUUAGCUCCACCGCCUCUUUUAGCUUCUGAGUGCGUGUGUGUCGACUGUGACUUUAAAUUGACCUCAGCCAGCCCUGCUCCGCCGAGUCCUUAAAUAUGGCAGCCUUAUUAAAGCAAUAACUUUCAUCUUUUCUGCAGCAAUUGCAUCAAAUCAGACCUUCAAUAAGCACAGACGUUAAUAAUCGACAUUUUGAAACCUUUCCAAUCAGAUUCACGUUCUCCUCUUGUAUUUAUUUACACAUCCGGGGACUUGCCCGCUCACUCCCCGCCCCCUCUUGCCUUUCUUGGUGCGUUCAGGUGACAGGGGAAAUAAUCGUUCCACAUUCGCACCCCGCCUGUGUUUAAGAAAAUGGCAAUACGUGUUUUCUCUUGGCGUGCAGCAUUGCUGUUUUUAGUUGUAGUCGCCAGGGAAAUGUAGGAUAAAGCUUUAUUGGGACCACAGUGGCCAAAUUAGAAACGCAAACCAAUGUAAUUGUGUUAACGUUAGCAUAGUAGCCUUUUUUUUAUCCCUUUUUAUAAGUACAAACUUAUAGAAACACUUAGCGCUAUCAUAUAAAGUGUUAGUACGUUAGCAUAGUGGCAUUUUUAGCCAUUUUAUACAUGGGUGUGAUGUUCCGCACAUAAAAUGCCCAAAACCUGGAUUAUGCCGCCAUAUGCUAGGUCAGGGGAAGUUGCGAGAGGCCGUUAACGUGGGAGGGGGAAAAAGAGCGCUUGAUUUGCUCACCCUUACAGUUGGGGUAAUCUCGCCUCAUCGUUUUGGCUGGCUACAUUGUCUGUCAUUCCACAACCUCAAUACACUCAACAUACUUCAGGGCUUUAAAAUAAAUCAAUAACUGAAUUAUUUAAUUAUUGAUUGAUUUAAAGUUUAUUUCAAAGUAAUUUCAAUUUAAUAAUGUCAAUAAAUAAUUUAUCAAAUGUCUUGUAUUGUCAAAGAUAUGAUAUCAAAUAUGCUACUUGACACAUUAGCUGGAUUUGCACAAAGCAUUGGUAUCGGAUCGGUAUCGCCAAUGCCAGACUGAGUUUGACUUAAAUCAUGUCAAAAUAUUAUGGGAAUAAAGUCAUCACAGGAAGAAGAAUAAAUUAAUCACAAAUAAAUAACUCAAACAACAGUAGAAAUGUAAAAACAAAAAACAGCUGUAAUUGAAUAAGCAUAAAGCCUAAAUAUUAAGAGAAAAAAAGGUAUUGUUUUGCAGUUUUCAGAGAAUAAACCUUUAAUAUUAUGAGGGAAGAUAAUGUCAUUUUAGUAGCAUUGACUGAGUAUUAAAGAAAAAAUACAUAAUUCUUAAGUCGGAAUAUUAUGGGAAACAAAACAAAAUAAAGUUGGGAAAAUUAGGUCGCGGAAAAAGUUCUAAUCAAAGUCAAAAUAUUAUGGGAAUAAAGUCAUAAUUACGAAAAGGAGAAAGUUCAAGUAGUUGUAAUAAAUUUAUAAAUAAUAAAGUCAUAGGUAAAAUAAACAACAGCAGAAAUGGGGAAAAUGGCUGCCAUUUUAUGGGAAUAAAGUCAAAAUAUUAAGAGAAAAAAAGUCAAUUUUACGAGAAUAAACUUUUAAUAUUAUGAGUAAAAAUAAUAGUAUGAGAAAGAAACAGAACAAAAAACGUUUUUGGGAAAUUAUGGAAAGAGUUGUAAUGUUCCAAAAAUAAAGUCAUAAUAUUGUGGGAAUAAAGUCAUAAUUACGAGAAGAGGGAAAAAGUUAAAAUACGUCAAAUAAAUACAUCAAAAAUAAAGUAAUAAACCAAGUAAACAGCAGCAGAAAUGGGGGAAAAACAGCUGUCAUUUUAUGAGAAUAAAGUCAAAAUAUGAACAGAAAUAAAGUUAUGCGAAUAAACUUCAUAUUAUGAGGAACAAAAUCAUUUUAGCAGCAUAGAGAUGAAAUAUUAAAGAAAAAAAAUGUGAUUAUCACUGAUACCAGCCUGAGUUUGACUCAACAUUCGAUGUAGUUAACAUAUAUCAUACAAAAAGUGUUUUAAACUCGCAUAGUACGACUAUGUCAUGGUCAAAACGAGCCACGUUAUGUUGCAUUUACAGUUAAUAGUCAGCGGUGCAAAUAAGACGUCAGGGUUGUAGCGUGUCGGGACGCCAAAAAGGCAACCUUUCGAUGUUCCCAGCUUUCUCGCGGCACGUGAAGGCAGCGUCGCUGUCACUGGCCGGCGUGGCUGUCCAUCACAGCCGCAGCGCCCUCCCGCGUGCGGUGACGUUUCCGUGCCAAAGCAGGCGGGCCAGUGCGAGACGCUCACAAAAGGCACAACAAAAGCUCGCGUGGGGGGAAACAAAAUGCGAGCCGUCAGCGGCCGAAGGCUUCGUCACUGACACGCGAGCGCACGCAUGGGCCAGAACCGGACUCAAACGCGCUGACGUCGCUGCCAAGAAAAAGAAGAGGGAGGAGGAGGAGGAGGCGAAGGAUUGUUAGUGAUCUCUGCAGACUGUCGUCUUUCCAGCUCACCACUGUUCAGGUGUGACUUUUCUCCCGUGGCGUCCGUGUGGAGCAGCCGCACGCCCCCUCCACUACAACGACGGCUUUUGCUUGCAUCUUCCAGUGUUUCUUCUGUCAGCAAGUCCAGCAGAGCUGCAACGCGUCCGGCGCCGGCCCCGACAGCGCCAGCGAGGAGCCCCGCCCCACGGACAUGGUGAAGAUGACCAAGUCCAAGACCUUCCAGGCCUACCUGCCCAGCUGCCACCGCACGUACAGCUGCAUACACUGCCGGGCGCACCUGGCCAACCACGACGAGCUCAUCUCCAAGUCCUUCCAGGGCAGCCAAGGCAGAGCAUAUCUCUUUAAUUCCGUGGUGAACGUGGGCUGUGGGCCGGCGGAGGAGCGGGUUCUCCUCACGGGCUUGCACGCCGUGGCCGACAUCUACUGUGAAAACUGCAAAACUACGCUGGGCUGGAAAUACGAGCACGCCUUCGAGAGCAGCCAGAAGUACAAGGAGGGGAAGUUCAUCAUCGAGCUGGCUCACAUGAUCAAAGACAACGGAUGGGAGUGACCCCCGCGGGGCGCCCUUUGUUGAACUGCGCCGAGAUCCGCCCCCAGAACACACACACACACACACACACGUCCCGCCCCUCCACUCCACAUCACGCGCACGCUCAUCACUGAGGAGUUUGACACAUCCAAUGGCGGCGCUUCCGGGUUUGACUCCGCCUCCCCCGGCGUCCUCCAAUCCCUCCGGCUGGAUGGAAGGAUGGAUGGAUGGCGUCGUGGCGACCAGCGUCCACAAGGAGGAGGAGGACUUCACGCGUUUUCUUUCCCGGACGACUUUUUACAUUAGCGGCGGCAGGCUAGCCGGCUAAAUGGUUAGCGCUAGCUUUUAACACAAAACAAAAACAAAACAAAAAAAUGUAGCUUGAUGUGUCUCGCUUCUCUUUUGCUAGCUUCCAAAUGCGUGGGGAUGGGCGGGGCCGGCGUACGGCAACGAUGUAGCAGCAUCGCAGCGGAAGAUGAUUUCAUUCGCCGCUUUUGUUGGCUUUUUUUGCUCUUUGGUGUGACUUUUCUUCCUCUUCCGCCCCCACGGCCAGUUUGCCAUCGCGUUACGGGCACAAAGCAUAAAGACAUCUGAGGUAUAUAUAUAUAUAUAUAUAUAAAUCUAUAUAUAUCUAUAUCUAUAUCUAUAUCUAUAUAUGUGUAUGAGAGUGGCUGCUCCCAUUUGGCAGCACGGCGAUGAAAGGCUGCUUGCAGGCCCAUAAAGGACGUGGACAACACGUGCGUGCAUCAGUCAGCACCUGCACGCCAGCAGGCGCGUCUUUUUGCACUUUGCAGAGGUUGCUGCUCGUCCGCUUGGGGGCCAAAGGCCGCCCAGCCCCCCCCCAAACGUUAAAAAAUGCCACCCGUCACCUUUUCGUUAUUUUUAUUUUGAUGACUUUCACCGUUUUCAUCUUUUGGCCUCCAAGCGGCGUCCCCCCCCCUUCAUGACAUAACAAGGCUCCUUCCGCCUCAGCUUGGAGGCCAUGGGGGACCCCCCCCCACCCCCCCUACUUUCAAUGCACUUUAUCACCUUUCGUUAUUCGUACUUUUCUUACCUUCAUUCAUGUUUGUUGGCCUCCAAGCAGCCCCCCCACGUAAAAAACUGAGCUUUAUCAUCUUUCAUUAUUUUUUAUGAGCUUCAUCAUGCUUGUCCGCAGCAUAGCUCCUCCCCUCCAUGAAAUAACAAGGCUCGUCCCCCCUCGUCAAAAGGCGGCCGCCCGGCCCCCCCGGCGUUAAAAGCUGAGCUUUAUCUUUCAUUGUUUUUAUGACUUUCAUGGUUUUUGUUUUGUCUUUUGGCCUCCAAGCUGCGGCGCAUGACUCCGCCUUCCCCCUCGUGAAGUAAAGGCCCCCCCUAGAGGCGGGACAGGGGAGUGAUUGAUGACUUUGCCGGCCAAGGUCGCUUCGAUCACUUGAACUCCAAACCAGACGUUAGCUUGUUUUUUCUAUGUCGGCGUGCGUCCUCGUUUUGUUUUUACGUACUUUUCUACCCGUACCCCCCCAACUUGAAGCACUUUUGUUGUGCGUGUGUGCACGUGUGUGCACGUGUGUGUGCGUGUUCACAUACAGGAAGUGAAUGUUUGGCUCGUCACCUGUUAGCUUAGCCGCUUAGCUUUUUGAUUUAGCGAGUGCUCAGACAUCACGGGCGAGCUGGAAUCUCCCACCGUGUGUCCUGGGGGGGGGGGUCACCACAGUCAGCAUGCCCAACAGCAACCUCCCCCCCCCCCACCCCACCUUCCGGCUGCCAUAUUGGACGUCCUUUAGCUUUUGUGGCUGACUUGAUUGUAUUUCUGGUCUCAACUUUCUCUGCUGGUUUGACUGAAAGUUAGCUUGUUUGUUGAUUGUAUUUUAUUCCUGUUAAUUUAUUAGCAUCUCCGCAUUAGCGGCUGGUGCGUCCCAAUCAGGGCUCCUCCUCCUCCUUUUUUUUUUUUUUUUUUUUUUUUUUUUUUUAGGGUAACCACACGCUGUUUUUUUACCUCUCAAAAAACAAGAGAGGUCACGGGACACAAAAGUGUUUUGUUCACCCCGUCGUCCCGGAGCCGCAGCUUUCCACGAUGAAAACGUCACAACCUGACUCCUUCUUCUUCUUCUCCUGCCGGACUUUAGUGGACGUUGUUUCCCCCGCGCAUCCACGUCCAAACACGCGCCGCUAACGAGGGACCGCCAUCGUGGCGCCCGCAAGGCAUGCCGGGAGUUUGCUCCCCGCCUCCAUCAGACGCCAAAAAACAAAAAAAGGAAGGUGGCGUUUCUCCGAUACCAAAAUCCAAAAACAUGACGCCUUCAGUGUGGAAUGUUUCCCAGCUGACAACUUGUUUACUUGCGUGAUGUCAUGUGACCGGCAAACAUCUUUGGUGUGCAGGGGACUGUUACUACAGCAUGUUGUAUUUAUAUAUGAUGAUGAUGAUGAUGAUGAUGAUGAUUAUUCUUAUUUGUGCCUGUCGUCUUCUUUUCCUCCUUGGGAUAUGUGUUACCAUGAUGCUUUUUCUUUGGCUUUGCAUUCUGCCUCCGUGGAAUCACGUCACGUCUUUUCCACUCACGUCAGCCGUCUCAUAUCACAAUAAAUUUUCAAUGCCAGUCACGUGCUCGCAGAUCAUUUGCCCGCCCACCGCCUGUUGCUAGGCGGAUUUCAAUCAAAGUAUUUAUGCACAUUUGUUUCGCAAUGGAAUGGCUGCUCUGUAUGAAAUAUGAAAUGCAGGAGAAAGAAAACCAGCGCCUGGUGGGGCAGUGCCCCUGGCAGGAACUCCAAUGCCAAGAUUUUAUUUUUUAUUUUUUAAGGAGUCGUGAGAUUCUUGGACGAUUUUUUUUGUGCUAAUGACAGUCUGCUAGCCGGCUAAAUGUUAGCAUUGACGUCCUAUCGGGUUGCGCUAGCUCUUGGUUUUAAUUUACCUCAUUGCUGGACGUGUCUCGACGUAUUUUUUUUGGGAUGUCUUCCUAAAGGGUUUCCCGACCGCUUGUUGCUAGGCAGAACUCAACGGCCGCACACAAGAUCAUUUAUACACAUUAGUUUUACAAUGGAAUCGCUGCUCUGUAUGAAAUAUGAAAUGCAUAAGAAAGAAUCUGUGCUGGUGGGGCAGUGCCCCUAAAUGAUAAAUUUUUUUGUAAGUAAGUCAUAAGAUUCUUGGACAACUUUUUACACUAAUGAUGGUCAGCUAGCCAGCUAAACUAUUAGCAUUGACGUCCUAUUGGGUUGUGCUAGCUUUGUUGUCAAUUUGUGUCAUCGCUAGAUGUGUCUUAACAAUUUUUUUUUUUUUGUAUUUCCCCAACGUCCUCUUAAAAGGUUUCCCGGCCACUUGUUGCUAGGCAGAAUUCAAUCAAUAGCCAGAAUCGCUGCUCUGUAUGAAAUAUGAAGUGCAUAAAAAAGAAAACCAGCACCUAGUGGGGCAGUGCCCCUCGUGGGAACUCCACUGCCUUGAUAGAUUUUUUUAUUUUUUAAGAGGCACAAGAUUCUUGGGAGACUUUUUACGCUAAUGGCAGUAGGCUAGCCGGCUAAACUGUUAGCAUUGUCGUCCUACGGUGUUGCGCUAGUUUUUGUUUUCAGUUUGCAUCAUCGUUGGACGUUUCUUGACAUUUUUUGCCGCACACAAGAUCAUUUAUGCUCAUUUCAUUUUGCAGUGGAAUCGCUGCUCUGCGUUAAAUAUAAAAUACGUAAGAAAAAGAAGCAGCGCCUGGUGGGGCAGUGCCCCUAACGUAGUCAAUAAUAAAGUAUUUACUUUUAAAGUAGAAUAAUUGUUCAAUAGUCCUUGGUGUUGCCUGCGGCUGUCAUGUGACCCACUGUGACCACAUGACCUGUCAUGUGUUGAACAACACCUCUUAGCCCCCGCCUGCAAGCAUCCCCCAUCAUCAUCAUCACUGAGAGGCCAAACCUGCUAUUUCAGACAGUGGCGUCAUCAGAGGGAGGGGCUAGCUAGCGGUGAGUCACCGCUGUGGAGGGGGGGGGUUGUAGUGGUGCCGCAGUGUUUACUCCAUCAGCAGCGGCCCAAAGACACAACAUGGCAUCCAUAUUUCACCUAAACACACGUGCACACGCAAUGCUCAUGGUCUACGACAUCAUCAUCAUCGUCACGCUCUCGUCCUGAAACGUCUGGCAGGUUUCUUCAGUCUCAUUCAUUCAUUCAUUCAUUCAUCCAUGAGUGCUGGGACAAAAACACGGCAGGUUUUUCCAGGCUACUCUCAGGACUAGCUAGCAUUAUUAUUGUUUGUUACGUCAUCAUUCAUAGCAUCGUUAUCACUUAUUCAUGGCAAAUAUUCAUAAAGCAUUUAUGAUCAACUGUUAAUAUUUAUUCAUUACAAAUUAUGAAUAAAGCAUUUAUCAAGUAUAAAUACAACAUCAAUUAAUUAUAAUUCUGACUAAUACAUUUGUACAAAUAUAUAUAUAGUUUUUUCCUCAUAAGGUGAACGCCAGCAUGGAAAGCGGCUCGCACGGGAAGCAAGCGAGCAGAGUCCGUCUUGUUUUCAUUCGGGCUCUGCGGUGACGUCAUCUCGAUUCACUCUGCCCACGCACACGCGCACGCACACGCCAGCGCUCAGCAUCCACCGUCACCACGGCGACAGCUCUGCAUCGGCCACGCUCGACCUCCUGCGGGGCCCGAGCGGGCGCCGACCAAUGAGAGCGCAGGAAGCUGAUGUCACCUGAUGUCAUCGUGAACGCAACGACAACAAUUCAUGAUGGACGCAAACUCGCUUAUUCCUCAAUGCACGUGUUGAGCCCAGCAACUCUACAUCGGCACUAAACAAGCAACAAAUAGACAUAGAAAUAGAUCAUAUAGUACACUAUACUGCUUACACAAUCACCCCCCCCCAAACCCUAGCCGGGAGAAGACCCCGGGGCAGACCGAGGACACACGGGGGGGGGGGUUAUUAUUAUUUCAAUAAAAAAUACAUGGAAAAAAUUAUUAUUAAAAUUAUAUAAAAUUAACAAUAUAUAAUUAAAUUCCAAAAAUGAAAUGUAAAAAUUACAUUGAAAAAAUAUUUACAUUUUACAAAUUAAAUUAAAAAAAUGGCUAAAAAAAUAUUUAAAUUACAAAAAUGUAAUUUAAAAUUACAUUAAAAAUGUUGCAAUAAAAAAAAUGUGGAAAAUAUUUAAAUAAAAAAUAAUUGGAAAAAAUAAUUUAAAAAUAUAUGUAAUAUAUAAAAAUACUGCUCCAAAAAAUGAGAGGAACACUUGGAAAACACAUCAGAUCUAAACUGGAGAAAAAUGAUGUUGAAUAUGUUUCCUGAUAAUAAGUGGGUGAUGUAUUAGUAACAAAAUGAUGCCACAUCAUUUGAUAGAAAUGAAAAUGAUCACCCUAUAGAGGGGGGAAAUCAAAGACACCCCAAAAAUGAAAGUGAAAAAAUGAUGCAGCACACUGGUCCAUUUUGCUAAAAUGUCAUUGUAGCAACUCCAAAUGAUUCUCAGUAGUUUGUGUGGCCCCCACGUGCUUGUACGCAUGCCUGACAACGUGGGGGCAUGCUCCUAAUGAGACUACGGAUGGUGUCCUGUGGGUGGUGUAGAAUUAAGCAGGCCUAUUAACUCUUCAUAAACUUUAAUCACACGCUCUGUCAGGGUUGUAUCAUACAACCCUUAGCCUUCCUCUCUCCUCUUCCUCGUCUUCCUGUAUCUGUUGGUCCCAUUAGCAGAGUCACAGUGCCCUCUGCUGGUCAAGCAUGUACAGUAGAAAUAUGGACUUAUGAGGCAAAACACAUGAAAAAAUAGACCAGUCGGCUUGUGUUCGUAUCUUCGAAUGUUUGCACAUAGGAUGUUCGUUAGUAGGGGACUUAGUGUAUUUAUUUAAAUUAACAUCAAAUACAAAAAAAUAAAAGGAUGUAUAAAGCAAAAACAUUACAUAAAAAAAAUAUAAAUUACAAAAAUGAAAUGUAAAAUUUACAUUUAAAAAAUAUUUACAUUUUACAAAUUAAAUUUAAAAAUUGGGGGAAAAAUAUAUUUAAAUU